AUGUCAGUGGAGAGAUCUAUUGAAGCUUGGGAAGAGGUUCAGCGACAUGGGCAAGACUUAGCUGAUCGAUUUGCUCAAGGUAUUACUGGUUUGAUUCAGAUACACCCACCUUCGUUUCCAUGGCCGCCGCCGAGUCAUCAUCAUCAUCAGAAGGCGAAACUGUUCGAUCUCGAGUUCCCCAGUCACCACUUCACUGUUAUCAAGGAUUCUAGAUUUGGUAUCAACCAACCUAUCAACGGCGUCUCGGCGAUCCUCGAUAUCGGGAAUAAGAUAGGUCAAGCUGGUGUUGAUUUCGGUGCUGGAUUAAACGUGAUGGUUCAACAAUUCUUCAGGAGGUUACCUAUACCGUUCCUGCAUGAUGAUCACAAGCUUGUUGUAUCUGUGGAAGGUGAUGAUAAUAAGAGUACAAGGAGCCAUAGGGCUGAUGUGAACACGAAAGAUGAUUUGGGAUUUGCUGCAGAACGGUUGAGGGACUCAGGGUUUUCUAAGACGGAUGAUACUGUUUAUGUUAACUUGUCCGAGGAGGAAGUUGCAGAUUCCUAUCUGAGAACGUCUGGAUUGCUUGGAAGAUCGAAGGGAGCGAUUGAUCUAUCAUCAAGUUAUGAUAGUAGAACAAAUGGUAUGGAACAUUCUUUGGCAGCCAGGGGAGACAUUUGGAGAGUAGAAGCUUCGACCUCAAGUUCUACUGCAAGCGAUGGAACUUCGUCUCUCUUUCUUCUCCAGCUUGGACCACUUGUCCUUCUACGUGAUUCAACUCUUCUUUUACCAUUACACUUAUCAAAACAGCACUUGCUCUGGUAUGGAUAUGAUAGGAAGAAAGGAAUGCAUUCACUCUGUCCAGCUUUAUGGUCAAAACAUCGAAGGUGGCUUAUGAUGUCAAUGCUCUGUCUCAAUCCUUUUGCUUGUUCAUUGAUGGAUUUGCAGUUCCCAAACGGGCAAUUGACUUAUGUAUCCGGCGAGGGACUGACGAUAAGUGCCUUUGUGCCCUUUUGUCGCGGUCUUCUUCAAGCACAGGGUCAAUAUCCAGGCAAUAUGAGAUUUAGUUACUCUUGUAAGAGCAAAUGCGGAACCCGAAUCACACCUAUGGUAAAUUGGCCUGACAAAUCAUUUGCAGUGGAUCUUUCUCAAGCCUUGGCUUGGCGUAGAUCUGGACUACUGAUGAAACCGACAAUUGAAGUCAGUAUAUGUCCCACAUUUGGUGGAAGCAAUCCUGGGAUGAAAGCAGAAGUUAUUCGCUCGUUGACCGAUGACUUGAAUCUUAUAUGCGGCUACUCGCUCAACGCACAUCCUUCAGCGUUUGCCUCUGUAUCUUUUGGUCGGUCGAAAUGGAAUGGCAACGUCGGACGCACGGGAAUAGUUGUCAGAGCCGAAACCCCUCUUGCAAGUAUUGGCCGGCCUUCUUUCUCUGUUCAGCUUAAUAACGCUUUUGAGUUCUGA